AGGGGGGCAGGAGCGGAAGGGGCCAGGGGUCCCCUGCAUCAUUCAACCUAACCUCUCUCCACAGCCAUGGACCCCAAGAAGCAUGGUCACCCCAAACCUCCGGGGGCACCUCACCAUCCAAAGCAAGGCCAUGGCAGCUCCUCGGACUCGAGCAGCAGCUCCAGCGACUCAGACUCGGAUGGCAAGCAUCACGCUGCUGGCUCCAAGCCAAAGCCACACGAUGGCACCUCGGGCAAGGUCAAGAAGCCCAAGGUGAAGAAAAACAAGGAUAAGAGCAAGAAGCCCUCCCACUGAUGGGUCCCAGCCCGGUUCAUU